AUGAAUGGUUGCUAUUUGACAUCUGAUGAUGAAAAAUUCCUUGAUUUAAUUACUGAUGAACUAGACAAAUACAAUUCAUUAAAUGAUUCGUCCUUUAUUCUUCUUUUCCCAUCUUUAUCAUCUCGACAUCGACUAUUAUUACAUCGUCUUCGUGAGAAAACCUAUCCAAAGUUAUUUAGUUUUUCUGUCGGUGAAGAAAGAACAACUCGUCGUACAAUCAUUUGUUUCAAAUUACACGUUAUGGAUGAAACGGAUACAACGGCAUCACCAACGGACGCAAUCCACUUGAAUGGUGAAUCGUCGACCAAACGUCGUCCGGACAAAGCUUUAUAUAAACCGCCAACUCGAACUAAAAGUUCUGAAGUUUUCGCUUCUAUUUCUACACCAUCAACACCACCACCACCACCACCACCACAACCAACACCACCAAUUUCGAUGGCUUCACCCGGAGAUCUUCAACAAAACAAUAGUAGAAGCAAAGGAGCAAAAAGUAAAACAGCUCGUCCAUCAGCUGAGCCUUAUGUACCGCCAUCCAGACGCAGCCAACCGGUGACCACAGAAACACUUUCAUCUACACCUAGAUCAUCUGUUAUUCAAAGCAAAAAACAAGAUGAUGGAGCGGAAGAAAAAGAAGAUGAAGAAGAAGAAGAAGAAGAAGAGGAGGCGGAGGAGGAGGAGGACUGGGAAAAGUUAUUAGAAAACAGUCAAAAUCCUCUAUAUAAUGAUCUUGUUGAAGAAAUUCAAUCUAAAUUCAAAGACAGUGUUCAGAUAGAAAAACCGACUAAUGACUAUUCUCAAUGGUCAGUUGAUGAUAUACAAAUAAAAGAAGCAGAUCUAGCUCAUGUAGUUGAAGUUUCAAAUUUCCCGUCAACUUUCCGUACUGAAGAUCUUUCAAAUUCAUUCAAAAUACUUACUCGAAAUGAAUUCGAUAUAAAAUGGGUCGAUGAAACGCAUGCCCUUAUCGUUUUCCCAGAUGCUAACACGGCAUUGGAUGCACUACAAAUGGUACAUCCUCUAUUAAAAAUAUGUGCUAUGUCUCAAGCCUCAUCUGCGUCGAAGAAAAAAGCAAAAAAUUCACUUGAAUUUCUUCAACCUUAUAAAACUCGACCACAAACAUCGUCGUUAACAGCUAAUCGACGUAUAUGUGCUGCAUUGGGUUUGAAAAAUCCAAUGAGUAAUGAUAAAACUAAAACUGAAAGACAAAAAAUUGAAACAGCUAGAAAACAAAAAAUUCGUGACAAAGAAGAACAAAAAACAGUUUGGGAUGGUGGCGUUUUACCUGCACCUUCAACAACAUAA